UCAAAAAUUAGCCAUUCAGCCCAAAUCUCCUCGGUCACUCCGACGAUACUGAAAAACCCUCCAGAGGCUCUGCCGACAUGGAAACUUCUUCUCGUCUCCGUCUCCCAUUUCUACUCCUGCUCUUACCUAUGCUCCUUUUCUUCCUCUUCUCCUCAUGGAACCCGUUCUCAGGCGGCGGUGGGGAAUCUGCGGGGCGGCGGAGCCAGUUUCCUCCCAAGUCCCUGACCUCUAAGAAAUUCAGCCAUUCAGCUCAAACCUCAGCCACUCCCCGCCACCCGCUCGACCCGCUUACCGUCGGCGAAAUCCACCGGGUCCGGUCCAUUCUUUCCUCCUACGAGCCCUUCCUCGGCAAAUUCCCGGCGAUUCAGUCCAUGACAAUCGACGAGCCGGACAAAUUGCGGGUUCUUGGGUGGCAAUCGGGCGACCCGCUCCCGCCCCGGAAGGCCUUCGUCAUCGGGCUGCUGGACAAUCAGUCACACCUGGUCACGAUUGACAUCGAGUCGGGCCGGGUCGAGACCCACGAGAUCAGUUCCGGGUCGGGUUACCCGAUGCUGACGAUGGAGGACGUUGCCGCGGCGGUGGACGCGGCGGUGUCGUACCCGGGGCUGGAGGUCUCGGCCGCGGCCCGCGGGCUCUCCGUGGCGAACCUGUCCUGCAUUUCGCCUUCCCCGGGUUGGUUCGGACCCGAGGAGGAAGGGAAGCGGCUCCUGAAGGUGCUCUGCUACUCGAAACAGGGGACCCCCAAUUUCUACAUGAGGCCGCUGGAAGGGCUGGUCAUGACCGUCGAUGUUGACCGGAGAGAAGUGAUUAAGUUCUCCGACACCGGGAGGGGGAUUCCGAUCCCCGGAGGAGCCAACACCGAUUACAGAUUCCACCCCGGGAACGACCCGCCGGAGAUGAACCCGAUCAACCCGAUUUCGAUGGAGCAGCCGCGGGGGCCGAGCUUCACGGUGACGGACGGGCAUUUGGUGGAGUGGGCGAAUUGGGAAUUUCACUUGAAGGCCGAUCAGCGGGCCGGGUUCAUUGUGUCCCGGGUCGUGGUUCGGGACUCCGAGACAGGGGAGCGGAGGAGCGUCAUGUACAAAGGGUUCCCGUCGGAGCUCUUCGUGCCGUACAUGGACGUCGACGAGGCAUGGUACUUCAAAUCGUACAUGGACGCCGGCGAGUUCGGGAUGGGCGCCACGGCGAUGCCGCUGGUUCCCCUGAACGAUUGCCCCCGAAAUGCGCACUACAUGGACGGGGUUUUCGUGUCGGCGGAUGGACGGCCGUUCAUUCAGCCCAACAUGAUCUGCCUGUUCGAACGCUACGCCGGCGACUCUGCCUGGAGACAUACCGAGCUCACUGUUAGCGCCGGCGGUGAAAAGUUAAGGGAAGCAAGAGCUAAGGUCACACUGGUGGCUCGAAUGGCGUCGUCGGUUGGGAACUACGACUACACAAUUGAUUGGGAAUUCCAGACCGAUGGCUUGAUCAAGAUCACGGUGGCUCUGUCGGGAAUGCUGAUGGUGAAAGCGACCGUGCACGACAACAUGAACCAAAUCGAGAACCAGGAGGAGACGGGACCGAUGGUUUCGGAGAACGUGAUCGGAGUAGUUCACGACCACUUCAUCACGUUCCACCUCGACAUGGACGUGGACGGACCGAACAACACGUUCGUGAAGGUGAACCUGGUGAAGGAAGAGAAUCUGGAAGGGAAAACCCCAAGAAAAAGCUACCUGAAGCCAGUGAGACACGUCGCCAAGACGGAGGAGGAUGCUCGAGUCAAGCUGAGCCUCUACAAUCCUUCCGAGUUCCAUGUGGUGAACCCUUCGAGGAGGUCGAGGUUGGGGAAUCCUUCGGGUUACAAAGUCGUCCCUGAAGCCAAUGCUGCCAGCCUGCUCGAUCACUCCGACCCUCCGCAACUGAGGAGCGCAUUCACUAACAAUCAGAUAUGGGUGACGCCCUAUAAUCGGAGCGAGCAAUGGGCAGGGGGACUUUUGACGUACCAGAGUCACGGAGACGAUACCUUGGAUGUCUGGUCACACAGGAACAGGGAAAUUGAGGACAGGGACGUUGUUCUAUGGUACACAUUGGGAUUUCAUCACGUUCCGUGUCAAGAGGAUUUCCCAAUUAUGCCUACUGUUGCGGCCAGCUUCCAGCUUAAGCCGGUGAACUUCUUUGACCGGAAUCCAAUACUGAGGGCUCGGCCGGUGUUCGAGAAGGACCUGCCGGUUUGCCGGCCUUCUGAGUCGGCUUCAGCCAUGUAGCUAGUGUCGUAUGAACAAGGGCUCGUGUGCUUGUAGGAUUUGAAAAUGAAUGUUUUGAAAUUUGAAAAUCUUUCUAGUUAUGAUGGAUUUGGUGCAUUCUUAGAUUUGAAAUAAAGGUUUUUUUACCAUAGAUGUCAAUUGUUUGUCCUCCAUAAUUUAAUUCAUGGGUUCCAUAAAUUUGUAUAUCUCAACAAACAAUGAAUGAAAUUUGAAUGUCGUA